AUGACGCAAACCGCCCGUGACAGCCUGUCCAGCCCGCGAACUGUGUCUACUGCUACGAUCCCAAUCACGCCUCCAGCCCAACCCGAUCUCUCCCGUCCAAGAUUGAAACACAUAGCGAGAUGGAUCCGCGAUGAGCUGGACUUGCGUGUCGCUCGGGAUGGUCCCAACGUCCUUCAUCCGGACGAUGUGUUGACUCUCCACGAGACCCUCGUCGCUCUCCAACAUGCACAAAACAUGACGAUUUCCGUCUUACGAGCGACCGGAAUACACAAAGCUGUUCAAGACAUUGCAGGCGUGGCGACGCGAUGGCCCAGUAGAUUAUGCGACGACUGCGACAAGAUAAUCGAUAUAUGGACCGCGAAGUUCGGGCCGUUCAGUGAAAUACAUCCGUUUUUGUACGGGAGAGGAGGACGCCUCGAAGGAAUUGCGAGUAUACGUGACUACUCUCAGGAGGCAUUGCUCAAACGAUGGGCUGAAACAUGUCCUGAGAAGAUUCAACCCAGGCGCUCACACAGGCUGGGUGACCUGAGUUUCGUAGCUGGCCAAUGGUGGAUCAACCCAUUAUUCGCACACCAUGCUGGCAUCAUCGGGCUCGAAGCUUGUAACGGUGGCACAACGUACGACAAGCACGGCGCCUAUGCUCUACUACUCAAAGAUACAGGUGAGAUCGAAGCCGCAUCUGAACAGCGCUUCACCUAUCGCGUACCACAAACCGACAAAGGCAAAUUUCGUCUGACCUCGGCCACUCCCAAAAGCCGUGAUCCUGUAAGAGUACUUCGCAGCCACAGUAUCAACAGCGUUUGGGGCCCAAAGGCUGGUGUAAGAUAUGAAGGCUUGUAUAGCGUCAAAGGAUGGUCAAUAAAACAAGCAAAAAGUAGUGAUCUCGCCGGCGAGCAAUGGAAGGAAGGCGAUAUCCUAUUCGAUGUCAAAUUCGAACGUACAGACUCCGUACCUAUGGACGUAGUCACCAAACGACCUACCGCAACCGAAGUAGACGACUACGCCGAAUACAAGCGACUUCGCAAGGUGAACCGAGACGGAAAGCGUAAGGAACCAAGCGUGGUACCUAUCAAAAAUGAUUUCUCGAUACCCCUCAAAACUGCUCCUCCAGUGCUACCAGCAUCUCUCCCGGUCGUCGAGGAUACCUCUUUGAACUCUCGCAGCAAGACUGUCUUCAAACAUCUCCACUUCGACGAAGAAGCCCACAUCCAUAUGCUCGAGAAAGAAGUCAUAUUCUCUCCCAAAUCCAUCCCAAAGACCGACCCUCUUACCUUCGCAGCCACAACAACGGGUAAAAGCAACACCCUCGCCGUCCCCGCAUCGCUCAUCCGCACAAACACUCAUCAUCAUCAUCAUCAUCAUCAUCAAGGACACGGAAAAACCGACAAUCUACAGAGUGAACAGCACGGAAAAGCUAGCCCAGUUGGUUCAAAUGCCAGUAGUGCGCACACAUCCAUCAGCACAUUCCCUGGAAUCAACAUCCACGAAGUAGCACCCUGGAUCGAUUAUGACGUUGGACUCACAGUUCCUUCGCCAACAGAAGAUGAAACCGUUGUCCAUCAACGGCCAAUCAUCACGCAGUCUAUUGCUACAGAAUCGAUCAAGACGAUUGAUACCAGAUCGUCUGUCAAAAUAAGUGGCACAUCACGCAGCAAUUCUGGGACGGUGAGACAUAUGGGUUUGCCAAGCGCCUCUGUCAACGAGAGUGAUCGUGAUGAUUACUAUCAUGGAAACAGAAAAGAUGGAAAUUUCAAAGAUGGCCUUAGUCCGCACAGUACUUUGAAGAAAGACGGAAACAAACGGAAAAGUAUUUUGGUCAAAAGCAGACAUUCUACGGCUAAACUUUUUGACGGGGUUGUCGAUGUGAAGAGAAAGAAAAAGAGGCGUGAUAUUGAGUCGACAGGUCUAGAUGGUGGUGGUGGCAGUGUGGUGUUUAGAGAUCCUUUCAAAGACUUCGACUUCAGUAUAUAG